AUGCUUGGAGAAGUAUUACGAUUUAAAAUGGACAGCGAACAAUUUACUUAUCAAAUGGAAGCUAUCUUUCGAAAGUAUGCUUAUCAGAAUGAUCACGGAAUAGUAUGCUUUUGGUUUGGAUUAAGACCAAUGUUAUUUUUGGCUAGAUCGACAAGUGCUAAGGUAAUAUUUGAAAAUACAAAAUUGACCAGUAAAUCAGAUGAUUAUGAUAUUUUUAAGCGAUUAGUAGGUGAUGGAUUGUUAUCUGCAUCAGGUGAAACGUGGUUCAAAGCAAGACGAAUGCUAACAUCGGCAUUUCACUUCAAUAUUUUACGAAAGCAUAAUUUGCUAGAAAAAUUAGAUAAGUAUUGUGAUACGAAUGAAACUUUUGAUUUGUUACCAUAUUUGAGACGUUAUGGAAUGGAUGUUGUUGCUGAAACAACAAUGGGUAUUAGUAUUGAUGCACAAAACUGUUGUAAUAAUGAUCAGUACUAUGAAGCGUUAGAGAUGGUUUUUAAUUUAAUGUGGGCAAGAAUUCGAUAUCCAUUGUAUUGGUUUGCAGCUAUUCGUUGGCUUUCUGGUUAUGAUCAAAAAUUAGAGUAUUAUUGUAAUAUAUGCAAAAAGUUAACAAGUCAAAUAAUAGCAGCAAAAAAAAAGGAAUGGGAAGAAUUUAAUAAUCAGCCAUCUAUUGAGGAAUUAUCAGCUAGUGGUAAGAAGCAAUUAACAUUUCUGGAUCUACUCUUCAGUGUUCGUGAUAAGUAUAACUUAACUGAUGAAGAUAUCCGUGGACAAGUAGAUAUGUUUAUGGUUGCUGGAAGUGAUUCAGUAUCAGCACAAAUUGGUUUUAAUCUAUUUGCAUUAGGACAUCGACAACAUUAUCAGGAAAAAGUUUAUCAAGAAAUCAAAAAUGUUAUUGGUGAUACCGGACGUGACAUUACAAUGGAUGAUUUCAACGAACUCAAAUAUCUUUUCCAAUGUAUAUGUGAGACAGGUCGUAUCACACCAAAUAUCAUUGUUAUAGCCAGGAAAAUCGAUAUCGAAAUUGAUCUCUGUGGUUAUACGAUACCAGCAGGUAUUACCUGCUGUAUAUCACCGUUUGCUAUCAUGCGAGACCCAAAGCAUUAUGAUAAUCCAGAGGAAUACGAUCCCGAGCAUUUUGCGCCGGAUAAAGUGAGAAAACGUGAUCCGUUCGCAUUUGUACCAUUUUCUGCAGGUGUUCGAAACUGUAUAGGUAGUAAAUUUGCUAAUUUGGAGUUGGUUGUAACUUUGGCCCAUAUUUUGCGACGUUAUCGAGUUAUUUCAAUGUUACCGGAAGUGCAAAAUCGACCAAUACCGGAAUUUACACUAAAACCAAGUAAAGGUUUUCCGAUUCGCUUAGAAAGACGAUGA